AGAAGCAGCCAACCCUCACAGAGAAUUGCAGGAACCUCACUAACCCAGGGAGCUCUGGGGUGCUAACACAGUUCUGUGGUGAAACGCCGCCGUAUUGUUUUAUCUUUAAAAAAGCCUUCGGGUUUGACUUUGACGAUACAAAACGCACCGUUUUUGUUCCCCGAUGGCCGCUUCUGCAACAAGCAUCUUUGCUCGAAUCGUCCGCCAGAAAUCUGAACCGACACAGAAGAGAGAGAGAGAGAGAGAGAGAGAGAGAGAGAGAGAGAGAGAGAGGCAUGAGAGGAGCUUUAUGUGGAUUUUUAGUAGUAUUACUUAGUUCUGCGAUUCAAUUAACUUUUGCUACCGUCUUCUUAAAGCAGUUCUCCGGUUCUUUCCUCGACCUUCCCGCCAAAUUCGCUGUUGCUAUAAAUAGCUCCGGCGUAUGUGGAGUUCUGCAUGCGGCGGAUCCUCUUAAUGCUUGCUCUCGAUUAAGAAACGACGCCGUAUCUAACAAGACGGAGCAGCAAGUCAAGUUCGCGUUGAUAGUUAGGGGCGAGUGCUCCUUUGAAGAUAAAAUACGAAAUGCCCAAAACGCAGGUUUUGGUACAGUGAUUGUGUAUGAUGACAGAGACAAGAGCAGUUUGGUAUACAUGAUGGUAAACCCUCAUGGUGUUAAAGUGCAUGCAGUGUUCGUUUCUAAGGCAGCAGGCGAAACUUUGAUGAAGCAUGCCAAAGAGGAACAUGGGGAAUGCUGCAUUUAUAUGCAGCAUGGUGGAAGUGCUUGGACUGUGCUAGCAAUAUCAUUCUUCUCUCUUAUUGUCCUAGUAGGAUUGCUAGUGAUAGUGUUUUUAGCUCCCAGACACUGGCCAUAUAGGCUAGGGGGAAAUCAUUGCCCUAAAAGUGUAGAUAACACAAUGGUGGAAACUCUCCCUCGCGUCACAUUUAGCUCUGCUUGUUCGAGUGAUUGCCGUAGGGAAGAAACUUGUGCCAUUUGUCUUGAAGACUACAAAGAUGGGGAAAUCCUUAAGCUCCUCCCUUGUCAUCAUGCAUUUCAUUCAAGCUGUGUAGACUCUUGGUUGACUAAAUGGGGGACAUGCUGCCCAGUGUGCAAACUUGAUAUGAGGACUAAAUCUUCUUUUUCUGAGGUGAAGAGAGGAAUCCAGAUUUAAAACCACUCAUCAGAAAGGAUGAUGUCAUGUGCUUCUUGUACACUGGGUUCAUAUGAUAGCCAUAAGGGAGAUUUGGGCAAACCAUGAUAAAGUUUUUGUUCUGAGAUUGUUGCAGAUGUCAUGUCCACACGGAAGCUUAACAAUUGUUUUGAGUUGAAGGCAUGAAGCCCCCAAGGUAUCUCCCUGGUAUGUCUGGGCAAAACGGAAUAGUCCUAUAUGUAAGUCCUUGUACAUAGUUCACUAGCUCCUUCACAAUUCACCUAGAUGAUAAAUGGUUAGAUGUUGCGGGUCCAUGAUAUUUCUUCUUGUGGCGUCUACUGAUAUUGCUUGUUUGGCACCUUUUCUCCUGUAACCGGGAAGCCAUUUGAAUAUGAUUGCUGAAUUGCAGAAACUUUCAAUGUUCGUUAGUUGUGCUCUUUUAUUCAUGUAUGUGAAUUGCAGAAACUUGAGUGUAUAUAUACUUGUUUGGGCAUGUUCCCUUUCAGUUUCAGAUUCCUUGUCAUCUCAA